UAAAAGAUACAGCCAGGUAUAUCACUUACAUUUGCAACCUGCAAAAGGCAAUCACUUACACCCUCAAACCUUAGCUAACAUGGCGGCUAACAGGAAUUAUUAUGCUAGAGACAACAGAGGUUUUCACGGCGAGCCCCCAGAUCAGUUUAUUCCAUCUAGACCAAGAGAACGAAACUCUACUCAAGAUGGCUUUUAUGGAAGUGGUUGGCAUUCAGUCAGCCAUGAAUCUAUACAAAUGCAAACUAUGGGACAACCAUCACCAAUGUACCAAGGAAUGCUUAUAAUGGCACCAGGUCCUUAUGUACCCCCAGUAAUAGCGCAUUACCCGCACGAACAUCCGGGAAAUAGAAUGCAAGUACCAGCAGACCAACGUUUAGUGAGAGAUUCCACAACACCGAUGCCGACUGAUCAUGAAAAUGACAGACCACGGGUGCAGCCUUCAAUAGGAGGAAUUAUUUUCAAACGCAUCAUCUCUUCAUUAUUUAUCAUUCUUGAUAUUUGCCUUAAUUGGAUGCAGUUUGGCUCGUGGGUCGGUAAUUUCGAAUUACCGGGCUGGUUAGAUUUUCUAGAAAUAGCAAAUAGUUUAAAGGGAAAAUCCCCAUUGAAGUCCCAAUGCGACGAGGGAUCCUUCGACCUUACGACAACCUUCGGUGCCUUUAUUGGCAUUGGAACCGCAUACGGCCUCGUUCGGAUAGUUAAUACUAUUGGAGAGACAAUUGUUGAAUAUCAGAAACAAUAUCCUAGUGAAACUGAGCCGCGGUGCAGAGGUUUCCAGAUUCUCCAUGGUUGGAUGGAGACCACUUUCGCCAUUCUCUGUGAUGACCUGCCACAGAUUAUUCUGUUGGUCAUCUUUAGUUGGCAGUGUCACAUCGAUUAUAUUUCCAUGGCAAAAGUCUUGAUUUGGGCGUGGAUUAAAAUGAUGAAGAAUAAUUUUCGCCCAGGUACAUGUAAGCACAUCUACAAGCCAUGUUGCGGCGAAUGUUUCGAGGACUGUUGUGUCGACCGCUACGACUUCAUCUGUUGUUGCCAAGUACUCUACUUUAGACCAUGCAGCUGCUGCAACGACAAGAAAUGCAUCGAAUGCGUGUCAUACGAUAACUGUCCCGAUUGCACGUGCAAAAGAAAUGAAAGGUGUUGUGGUGAAAUCGACCACGACCCUGAAUGGGCUUUGGGCUUAUAUGAGAAGUUACUUUACCUGUAUUUCAUACUUAUGGUUGCAAUAGUUGUGUUUUCAUUACUAAAGGGAUUUGGCGUACUCAAACAAAAUCAAGGAUUUUCAAAAUUACAGACAAACAUCUAAUAUCCAGAGACAAGAAGAAACUUCAAACGCUCGGGCAUACU